CUCAUCCACGCAAGCCGUGGGACCUUCGCUAAAAUGCUGCACGAGCACAGGUGUAUAAGUUGGGAUGAUAAUGGCCAAACAUCCUAUACCUCAUUAUGCAUUUGGAAGUCCAGUUGCGUCUUCACCGUCAACUUACCUUCCUCCCCCCCCCAAAUUCUCCUCCCGGCGAUGCUCACUCUAGGUGCAACAUUCACUUGAUGAUUGUUACCCCGUAAUGAUGGACGUUCCCACCGCCUUAUUAUCCGUCCCUGCGGCACUCGCUGGUCUUGCCUACCUCGAUGCUCGAUGGAGGAUCUCACCCGACGUGCACAUUAUCAAGAAUCUAGCACUCGCCCAAAGAGCAUUCCUCAAACGGGUUGACGCAGACCGCGCGAACUCGUUCUACCUGCUUGAAGACCACGCGAAUAACCCCAAGGUCGCCGACGAGUUGUUCCUGAUCUACCAGGGAAAGAGAUAUACGUUCAAGGAGACGUACACGACCGUCCUCAGAUACGCAGGAUGGCUACACUCGGUCCACAAAGUCCUUCCGGGGGAGAUCAUUGCCAUUGAUUACAUGAACAGUCCCCAGUUCAUCUUCCUGACUCUGGCGAUAUGGUCUCUGGGAGCUCUUCCGGCCUUUAUAAAUUACAACCUGACCGCCAGCCCCUUCGUACACAGCGUCAGGACAUCCACCGCCAGACUCCUCAUUGUCGAUCCGGAAAUCGAGUCCAGGGUACUCACGUCCGAGGCAAAAGCAGCAUUCGCGGCUCCCGACUUUCGCAACAAUGCGUUCCCGCUUGACGUAACCGUUCUUACGACAGGGCUGCAAUCGUCUCUUGAGUACUUUCCUCCUUAUCGAGCCCCAGAUUCGGCUCGCGCAGGUGCAAUUGGCCGCUCACCAUGCGUGUUGAUUUUUACUUCGGGAACCACGGGUUUACCCAAGGCCGCCAUCGUCCCGUGGGACCGAACUGCUUGGGGCUCGGGUUUCAUCGCGAGAUGGAUCGGUUUGCGCCCAGUCACCAAAUCCAAUCCUGAUAGAUAUUACACGGCCAUGCCUCUGUAUCACUCUUCAGCUUUCCAAUUGGGCUUUCACCUCUGUCUCGUCUCGGGAUCUACACUAGUACUAAGCCAUAGGUUUUCAGCCACGAGCUUCUGGGACGAGGUCGCUGCAGCCGAAGCUACCAAGAUCCAAUACGUUGGAGAAACGCUACGGUAUCUAUUAGCCGUUCCGCCUCGGCCAGACGACCGGACCAGACACAAAGUUAAGCUGGCGUUCGGUAAUGGCUGCAGACCGGAUGUGUGGGACAAAUUUCGCGAUCGAUUCGGAGUUGAAACGAUCGCUGAAUUCUACGGAGCCACAGAAGGUGUGGCGGCGAGCUUCAAUUUAUCUCGCAAUACCUUUUCGUCAGGGGCAAUCGGCCAAUCCGGCCUCAUUGCACAGGCUAUCCAGAAUUUCACGCAGUCAAUUGUCCAAGUCGACUGGGAAACAGAAACUCCCCGACGUGAUCCAAAGACUGGAUUCUGCAUCAAAGUCCCUCGCGGCGAGCCAGGCGAAUUGCUGUACAAGAUCGCUGAUCCCAAAGACGUCGGUGCCAAAUUCCAAGGGUACUUUGGCAACAAGAAGGCCAGCGAUUCGAAGAUCUUGCGGGACGUGCACAAGAAAGGUGACGCGUAUUUCCGUAGCGGCGACGUCGUUAGGUACGACAAGGAUGGUCUGUUGUGGUUUUCGGACCGGAUAGGUGACACGUUCCGCUGGCGAAGUGAGAACGUGUCCACGGCAGAAGUGUCUGAAGUCCUAGGUCUUCACCCUCACAUUCUCGAGGCGAAUGUCUAUGGAGUGGCCAUUCCCAACCACGAGGGACGCGCCGGGUGCGCGGCCAUUUUACUGAGGGACGUCACGACAGAGGACAGUCCCAUUGGCGAUGCCGUACUGGAGAGCCUGGCUACGCAUGCGCGUGCAAGUCUACCGAAGUACGCCGUACCCGUUUUCCUGCGAGUCGUGGCGAGCGUCAUGGCGACGGGGAACAAUAAGCAGCAGAAACAUGUGCUCAGACUGGAAGGCGUGGAUCCGGAUAAAGUCGCCGGUGAGAGGGUCUACUACCUUCGACCUGACAGUGAUCGGUACGAACCGUUUUGUCAGAAGGAGUGGGAUGUGCUGAAGGCUGGAAAGGUAAAGUUGUGAUCUGAGAAGUAUCAGAUAACUAAAGUGGUGGUAUGGGCCGAGAGAGAUAUUUUAUAUACUGACAGAGUUGAAAUAAAGAACAAAUUUUUCGGUCUGUCCAUAGCGAUGAAAGAUAUGAAUUUUGAC